AUGGCGUUACAAAAACUUCCCAAUGAUAUUCAAUCGUUAUUAUGUACACCCCUUCAAAUACACAGCUUUAAAAAAGCCAUUGAAGAAUUGGUUUAUAACUCUCUGGAUGCGGAUUCGACAUCUAUUGCGAUUCGUGUCAACAUAGUUGGGAAUUCUAUACAAGUUAUUGACAAUGGAUCUGGAAUAUCCAAAGUUGACUUUAUUUUACUUGGAGAGAGACAUGCAACGAGCAAAUGUGUCGACCUAGCUAGUCUAAAAUCAGCUCCUAAUAAGUAUGGUUUUAGAGGGUUAUCAUUGGCAACGAUAAUGGAAGUUUCACAUAGUGUUACUAUUACAUCACGAUUAAGAAAUGCCGAAGAAACAUGGAUCAAGAGUUUUUAUAAAGGUAAAGAGCAGAAAUGCUGCCAGACUUCACAGAGACCUUCAAAAGGUACAACUCACGAAUACAAUCAAGAAGAAAACUAUUUACAAAAAAAUAAAAUCCCGACUUACUUCAUCUUCAUAAAUUGCCCCUACUACGACUAUGAUGUCAACUACACGGCUAAGCAAUCUUUGGUGGAAUUCAAAAACUGGGAGCAAAUUAACAAGUUACUUGAAAAAUUGGCUAACUUUUAUGCAGGUGAUGUAAAUUUAAAGGAAAUCAAGCCUGCCAUUAAUCAAGCAAAUAAUGUGAAGAACGUAGAUAAUACAAGGGAUCAUGUCAAAAAAAUAAUGGAGAAAAUAUUAGAAAGUCAUCACAAGAAGUUGGGAAUAUCACAAAUGCAAAAAGGCAUCAAAGGAAAGCUCGUAAAAAGAAAGGACAAAAAGAAACAAAAGUUAUCUCUAUCGAAAAUAAUUCUUAAUAAAAAUGAUAAAAAGGAUUAUGGUUUACCAAAAGAUAUGCCCGCAAUUUGUGUAAUACCAAGUGACACCGCUACUUCGAAAACAAAAUCCAAGGUAGAAGACUGCGAAAGAAAACAAAUCAAGGCGAAUAAAAUUAUGACUACAAAAAAUCAAAUUCAGUUAAACCCUAAAAUAGCAAAAGUGCAUAGUAAAAUAAAUGAAAAAGCAAUGAAAAACAGGGACCAUGAUAAAAAUAAAUUAGUAAACGUUGUAAAAGACGCUUCAAAGAAUAAACAAAUUGAAAAUAAUAUUGCGGUAGAGGGAAGACCAAAACUACGUAGUAAAACUAAAGUCAAUAAACAUGAUAGGAAAUCUAAAUCUCAUAAGUCUAUUAUGUGUGCUAAAAAAAUACACAAACUGAAGAAGAACGUAAAGCAUGUCUUUAAAAGUUUAAAUGAUAUAGACAAGCAAAACAUUGACGUCGUUCUUAAAAAAUUCAAUGAAGAUCCCACUGGCUCUAUCAAAAAGAGAUGCAACAUGCUCGAACAAAAAGUAGAUGAUUUAAUGAGAUAUAAGAAAAACCGAAAACGCAAAAUAUUUAUUAAUGAAACUGUUCAUUAUAGCAAUGUGAUUCGAAAUAAUAAAAACUACUCUAUUCGUAAAAAAGUGGGAGAAAUAGUUAUACAUGACUAUGUUCCUUUGCCACCCAAAUUCAGUCCGUGUAGUUUAGACAAUCGAGUUUGGGAUAAAAUCAAGAACAAUCCCCAUAAAUCUUCUUACGACCUCGUGAAAACUAUUUUCAAAACUCAAGAAACUAUUGAAGAAAGGAAUCAAAUAACACCUAGAAAAAAAAUUCACCUAUCUACAUUACCAAAAUUACCAAAUACUAUUAGUGCCAAGCCUAGAUACAUCGAAUAUGAGGAAUCAUCUCAAAUGAAACCAACUAUAAAUCCUCGAGUAGACGUUGAAGAGGGAAAACAAAUAGCGCCUAGCGAUGAUAUGCAGCUAUCCACAUUAUCAAAUCUACCGAAUGAUAUUAGUCUCAGGACAAAUAUUGGACUUUUAGACCUAAAUGAUAAACAAGUGGAUAACGAAACUUAUACAAUCGACCAAAAUGAUAACAAUAAAUCUUCUAGAUUUGGUUCCACUUAUAUGGUAAGCAUAGAUCAUUCCAGAAAUAAUGUGCACAACCAAAAUUUUAACGAUCCUGGAGUAUAUGAAAAUGUGGAAGAAAUUAACAGAGAUUUAGACAGAAUCUAUGGACAUAGUAGUCAAUAUUUCGGAAAUACUAUUAGGACUGAAAAUGUUUUUAAUGAUACUUACAAUAACGGGGAUGAAAAUAACAUGAACAUAGUUUUUAUAUCCAAAUCACAAGAAGAUGCAAAUAUUGAAAUAUCAGUUGAGAGACACAUAAAUCCGCUUGCUGUGUGUGAAACUGUACAAAGUAAUAGUGAUUCUCAAGAAAAUGCAAACAUUACAAAGUUUGAUGAUUCCUUAUUCAACGGAGAUUUUGACAUAGAUUCUUUUCUGUGUGAUAGAAAUGCUUAUUCAGAAAGAACUCAGGCCCAUGUGGAAGAUAAUAAUAUGGAGUUUCGCUUUAGCAAAGAUGAAAUAUUUGAUGAAAGAGAUAUGAAUACAAUUAACACUGAAUUGGCCAAUGAUAUUAACAAUAGUCACACAGACAGUUGUAAUGACAACAAAUUUCGUAAUGGAAACGAAAACCAAGUGAAUGACGUUGAGACUUUUAACUUCAAUGCUCGUCUGCGCUUUUUACCAAAGGGAAUGUCUCAAAUAUUUAAAAAUUGUCCAACUAAGAAUAUUGGUGACUAUAAUCUUGAUAAAGAUUACUACGAAGAGGAUAUUUAUAAUAAUUUCGUUAAAGAUAUUGAACUACAUUCCAAAAUAUUUGAACCUGAUAUUCAAAAUGUUAAGGAGAUUACAACUAAAGCUAUUGACAAGGUGUACAACAAAUUGAAUAAAGACAAUGCUUCUUUAAUUUUUAGUGGAGAAUCUAUAAAACGGGCAAAAGUCUUUGGUCAAAUAGACAAGAAAUUUAUAGCUGCAAGAAUAUCAGGCAGAAGUCACCAAUCACUAAAACCUUCUGAAUAUUUAGUUUUAUUCGAUCAACAUGCUGUACAUGAGAGGAUUCGGUUGGAAAAUCACUUAAAGGAUUACUUGAAAGAAGACCAAUGGAAAAAGGUUACAUUAGACGGUAUAAACAUAAGUGUUUCAAAAAAUGUAAACACGUAUUUACAUAAUUAUGAAAAAAAGUUCGCUCAACUGGGUUUGCAAUGGACUAUUUUGAACGAUGGUAACUUGUCGAUUAACGCUAUACCUGAAGCAAUACUGGGUAAAAACCCAAGACAAGUGGAUGUCGUUAUUAAAGCAGUAAAAAAUCUAAUAACGGAAGAAAUAAGCUCUAUCAAGACACAGAGAGGCUGUAUUUCUUUAUACCCAAAAGCGAUCAUGGAUCUGGUUUUCAGCGAAUCUUGCAGGUAUGCUAUUAAGUUUGGUGAUAAGUUGUCUACAAAGAAGUGUGAAGAACUUUUGAAUGCUUUAUCGGGGUGUAAGACUCCAUUCCAAUGUGCUCACGGAAGACCUGUGAUGGCCGUUAUUAUGAAUAUUAAUAGUACCAAUCGGGAUUAUAAGGUAGAUUGAUUAUGUGUGCGUCAAGC